CCGGCUCUUGUGGCACGGAUGGAUAUGAUUUGGGACUACUUGUAUGAACAUUCUUUGUACCUCUGCAAAAUGAUGCCUGUCUAGGCACGCAUUUUUGAGUCCAACGGCUCGGUGUUCAGGGAGCCAGGCGAGUUGGGCUAAGUGCUCAGAGUAACUCCUGCAGUAAACGUAGCCGGGGAACGUACACAUGCCAAUGUCUCGUGAACAUCCAACAACACCCAAGAGUCGGCCAAGGAAGGCACCGUAUUCCGUGUCCAUUUUUCCGCCGUUUCAACCCGGUUAGUGUGAUCCUCAUCCGGUGUGUGUCAAUCAGCAGCUGCUAUGGGCGUGCAUGAUGAGAUUCCGUAUCACAUAUCGUUGCCGUCGUUCAAAAAGGUUGCGAGAUCGAGGAUUCUUAGGCUUGUACGGAUCGCCGAAAACAUACUUUUCCCUUCAGCGAAAGCCCGAAUCAACAAAGAAUGACGGCGGGCAGCCGCUCCUCGUCGAACACCGCCAGACGAACAAGAGAUAUCGAUCAGAGGCGUACAGGCCCACAAAUCCACAGGCACGGCAUGACAGUGGCGCUGCCAAUUUGGCUGAUGCACCUAGCGUAGCUCUGUCUAGCGCACACGAGGGUAUAAAGUAAGACCUACCUAUCGAUAGCAUCUCUGACUCCCGAGCCUGCCCCAUUCCUGUCAUCAGACCCUACCCUAUCCACCGCCAUGGACUCGUUCUCAGCAGUCACAAUAUCUCCCGUUGCCGGAAACACUGCGAUUGCACCCGGGGAGGGAGCUGCGCCUGUCAACGGGGACAAGGGAGACUCGUCGAACGGAGGGCAGUACUGCAUCGUCGCAUGAAUAACGCAGUCGUGCCUGGGAUUGGGGAAUGGAACCAGUAGCAUCUGUGUGUUAACAGGGCCAGAAUCAUAUCAGCGAUAUCUAUCAGAUACUCAAAUGAUAAUCGCGCACGUGAGAACAUUUCCACGGUUCGCAGGCACGUGGAUGUAUGCUUUCACACGCAAACAGUGAAUCACGAGAAACACAAAUCCCAAUCCCCCAGCCCACCGCUGACCGAAUAAGCCUGGCUCUCGACGAACGCAUCCAGAGUACACAGCCCCUCCUUGCUGUGUCCGCCGUUGCAGAACUCAAGCGGCUGCAGCGCAUCGUUCACGAAUAUGCGCACAACGUCUCCCUGAGCUGCCCCGCACCGCAGCUUCUCGGUGACCAUGCGCCCGCUGAACGGCACGAGCCGCGACGCGACCCACUGCCCCGCCUUCCCCACCCCGUCGUUCACCGCAGCGGUCGUCGGCAGUGGCACAGCCUGCUUGAAGAGCCCGAGUGCGGCGUAGAUCGCCACGAGCUCGUUGUCGUGCGUGAAGUCCACGUAGAACGUGCGGUCCAGCGGGAACGUCGCGUGGGAUGCGUCGAGGGUGGUGUUGAUGUUGACCAGAGAAGGGACGGGCGUGUUGGUGAGCCGCGCGAUGAGCUCAAGGACGUAGCCGACGCCCUGCACGCGCCCGAGGAGGCCCCCAUGUCUGUUCAAACCACCAAUUCGUGAAUGUAGGAUGGACGAGACGAAGCUGCGCACCCGGUUCCGUAGUACUUGUCCAGAUCAGACGAGUAUUCCGCGGCCUUGAACUCGGCGACGGAGAAAAGCGAGCAGAACGGGCUCAGCUGCAGAUCCGACGCCCCCUUGCCGGGCGCGAACGGCGCGCUCGCGACAGUCUCGAACGAGCACAGGCCCAUGAUGUUGACCAUGUCGUCGUUCGUCAGAUUCGCACCCGGCGCGGCCUUGUUGAGGCGAGCGGUGAUCGGUGGGCCGUAGACCGCGAGCCAGGCGCUCGUCGCGUUGUCGGAGGAGCCGGCAUUGGCGCACGAGGAGUCGUCGAGCGUGUCGUUUCCGCUGAGGAUGUCCGUGAGCAUGGGGGAGAGGGCGCCGUGGCUCGCAGCGCUGAAGCCUGGGCAUCAUCUUAGACAACGAGAACGGACGAGUGCCUGGGAGCAGGAGGUGUACCCGCAGUCCAAUUGGUCGCGCUGUCCACCACCCGCUUGCUGCUAUCAGCGCGCACGAACGGUGCAGAGCCGGACUGAGAUUAGCGUUCCACGACAGGCGAGAGCACUCACUGCUGCGCUCCGAAUGGCACUAGGCUAGCGACACCGAGGUCAUACUUGAACGUAUUGAGAAAGUCGAAGGCCGGGUCCGUGUAGCUCGCCACGCUCUGCAGCUUUGCAACCGACGCCGCCGCCUUGGUGCUCGUGGGAAACCGAGCGCCGUGGCGCUGGAUCUGAAAACGCGGGUGGAUUCAAACACACGUGAUAUGCAGGGACGACUCUGGAUCCUGGACGCACUAGAUUGACUUGGGUGACGGAGCAUCCCGGGGGCGGACCCGUGUACGUCCCCGAGGGAAAGUACGGCGACCCCGGGCCCCAGAGUUGCGUGAUAUCCGUGGCAGCAAGUGUGCAGGUGAGUGUUGCACUGGUCAGGGCGAUGGGGAAAAGUAUGUUCCGGAGAGACAUUGUGGACUGGUUUCGAAGCGGGGCAUCCUGCUCUCAGUCCUUUAUCGGUGAGGGGCCGAUCCAGCAUGGAUAUGGAGCAGAACAGCACGUUCGUCUUUGCACGAUGCGCUGCAUAUGCUCCAUGUUGUCCAUUCGUCUUCUACCGCCGCCAUCAUAGCUCCAGUGUGGGGAUCUGGAACCUGGGAAGGAAUGGACGGGUACACCGCCACUAUGAUCCAAUCACUGAUGCCGACAAAAGUGUAAUUCUGUUGUUGAUACUCCGCGGACAAACGGCCAGUAACUCGGGACCCUGGGCGGGAUUCUUGCCGGAUGUCUGUUGUCGAAUAACUGUUUAUGUCUGCGUCGUUUCUUUCCACCGUCGUUUCUUGAAUCGCGUAAGCCCCACCCACCACCAUGAAAGCUACUUUUGUGUUUUUCUUUCCAGGGUGCGUUGGGUGUCUGACACACGCACACACGUUCAUUCUAAGUUUGCGGUGGGAGGAGAGGGGAUCAGCGCUGCCCGCCCUGGGCCCCCCCGAAUCUGCAUGAUCCACCCCUUACUCUCGCGAGUCUCUCUGAUAGCGCGUACGUCAGCACGUCACGCGCGUAAAGCCAAAGAGGCGUCUUCCUUGUGCAGAAUUCUUCUGUGGAGGGGGGAGGCAACCUGUGUUUUCCCAAUCGACUUCCAGGUCGCCAGGGGGACUCUGACGGCACCACCCUUCUCUAUUCAUUUCAUUUCCCUCUGCGCCGCAGCGCGUCUCUGCCCCGGGAGCUCCCAGGCACCGCCAGCGAGAACGAAAGACAUGGAGAGUGUCUGUGUUUAGUAUGUCUACAUACAUAUCCAGCCAAGGCCAGUGAUCUCCGCUGGCUCUUUACAUCGUGCUGUCUUGGACGGUGACUAGCUUUACAAACAGCCUACCUGCCUCGUCGGACGCGAGCCGUCGCUGUCAAGUAAUCUUUUUAAGCCUUUUUUGGAUGCGUUCGAUCCCGAGGCGGCAUCUCGAAGCGUCCUCCGGGCCUCUAGCUUGCCGCUUUAAAGGUCCAGGGAAGGCAUGGCCGAGGAUUUCCAUUUCCAUUGCAUUACUCACUUGCGAGCCGACUCCAUCUAUCCAUCCAUCCAUCCACCAUGCCCCUCGAGUGCACGUCGUUUGUGUUUGAGUGCCCGCGCAACCCGCUCGACCCGGCAGGGCGCGUGCUGAGGAUGGCCGCCAAGCGGUACGCGAUGGGCGACUCGCUCUCGAACGAGGACGGGCUCAGCGUACUCUACGCGCACUGCAUCGGAUCGCAUAAGGAACAGUGGGAGCCCGUGAUCGCGGAGACCUUCCUGGCGCAGCGCGGCAAGCCGCGGCGCCAGCGCGUGCGCGAGGCCUGGGCAUUCGACUGGCAGAGCCACGGCGACUCGGCGCUGCUGAACCGCGAUCUCGUCGAGGACUCGCGGCCCAUGGGCGUCUCGGCCUUCGAGUGGGCAGACGCGAUAGGAGCUUUUGCGCGCUCGCCGCGGAUGCAUGGCCGGCGAAUGGUCGCGGUCGGUCAUUCUGCCGGGGCCGGGGCCAUGGUGCUCUCGAUGCAGCGGUCGGCCAACCCGUACCUGGCGAUCGUGCUCAUCGAGCCGACGAUCAUGACGCCUGCGGUGUACUACCACUACCUCGCGGACAACACGCCACAACACGUCGCCGCGACACAGCUGCGUCGCGGGUCGUGGGCGUCUCCGCAAGAUGCGGAACAGGCCUUCCGGCGGCGCGCGCCGUGGCGCAAGUGGGACUCGCGGGUGCGCGAGCGGUUCCUCGCUCACGGGUUGCUGCGGUGCGCGGAUGGCUCAGUGGCGCUCAAGUGCCGGCCGCGGGACGAGGCGCUCGCGUUCCCGGACCUCGAGCCGCAUUUCGCGGCGCUCGACGAAAUCGCGCGCGUCUGUCGCGCGGUGCCGAUCCACGUCGUCUGGGCGAAGCGGAGCGAACUCGUACCACCGCCGGUGCAGGAUACGCUCUCGGAUCCCGCUGCCGGACGGAUGAUCGCUUCCGUGUCGUAUUUGGACGGAGGACACAUGAUCGUGCAAGAGAACCCAUCGAGCGUCGCCCUCUCGAUAUGCGCUGCGCUCGAUUCCAUCCGUUCAAGCAUCGGGAUACCCACACCGCAGUCGUUGGGCGGCGCUCCGCUGUCAUAUGGCGGGGUUGAGGAUAAGCCAGGCAUCUUGUGGGAAGAUGUCCUGCAUCGGUAUCCGAGUCUCACUCUGAACUGUAUCUCAUGGCUACUCCCCGGGUCUGGUUCAGGCUUCGGUCUAUUCAUGGCCCAAACAGCCCUGGCCAAGGGAGACAACGUCGUCGCGACGCUGCGCAACCCACAGGUCCUGGAAGACCUCGCUGCGAAAUACGACAAAGACCGCCUGCUCGUGCUCGAGCUCGAUGUGACGAAGAUCGGGGAUAUCGCUGCAGCCUUCGGGGCGGCCAAAGAGUGCCUUCCCCUGAAUGAUACCUCGUUCCAGGUCUUCAACAACGCAGGGUCUGGUAUGAUCGCUGAGGUCGAGGGGACAAACGAACAGAAGGCUCGGGAUCUGUUCGACAUCAACUUCUGGGGCGCCUUCAACGUUGCGAGGCAGAGCGUAGCCUUCAUGCGCGACGUCAACAACCCCCGCGGUGGGCUGCUGAUGAACAUGAGCUCGAUGUAUGGCAUUGACGCACCGCCUGGCAUCGCAAUCUACUCCGCAGCCAAAUUCGCACUGGAAGCCGUCUCGGACGCUCUCUCUCGUGAACUGGACCCCGCGUGGAACAUCAAGAUCACCGUCCUCUGCCCCGGCUUCUUUACCGCGACGAAGGGAAUGUCCAGCACCCUGGUGGAGCCUAUCCAUCCAGCCUACGACCAUCCGGACAAUGGGAAACUAGGCUCCGUCCAGACCCGCAACGCUAUCAGCGCCAUGCUGGGAGAACAAGCCCCGAUCAUCGGAGACACUGACAAACUCAUCGGCGACUUCUGGGACAUCAGCAGGUUGGAGCAUCCGCCCAGCAGAGUCGCCUUCGGGGACGAUGCCAUGGCCCUGUUCCAAGCGAAAGUAUCCGCUCUGAAGGCUGAUCUGGAGGCGAGCAAACGAUUGUCGAAGGAUUUGAGCAAGUGAUCGUACUGGCGGCGACGAUGGAUCACCCCUCGGUUUGUAUCGCCAGUCUUUCAUUCGAUUGCAAUCUAUGCCACCCGUCCGAACCAAGCUUCUGCUCCCUCCAACACCUCACCAUACCCACCCUCCGCUC